CUCCUGCAGCCACCAGGAACUAAUCUUCGGAACUCGCGUCCUAAGCCAUGCGUGGGUCUGACAAUCACCCUGUCCUCAGUAUUUUGCAUCCUUGCGUAUAACCACCCGACAUGUCCAUCCUCGUGAAGCCUCCCAAACGCAAGCUGGACGAGCUGGAAGGCCCCGUCGAGCAGAGCAGCAGACGCCUGUCACACAGCCCGCUUACGUCGAAUGCCUCCCACGCAGUAGAUCCUACCUACCCUGACAAUGCCCCGCGUCCACGAGUCAACUCCGCUCCCCAGACGGAACAUGCGGAGAAUUCGCAUUGGUUUUCCUUGCGCGAGCUGAACUCCAAUCGUCAGUCCCCGGCCUCCUUUGAUGGACCGUUUCAGGCCCAGAGAAAGUUCUCACCAAAUGCAUCCAUUGUCUUGACCGGGAUUCGGGGCACGGGAAAGUCCAGUCUGGCGGUCAUCCUGGCGGCCACCUCGGGGAGGAGGCUGAUCGAUGCCGACCGGUAUUUCCAGCAGGUGACCGGUCGUUCACGCGCGUCCUACAAGAAGGAGUUUGAUCUCGUCGAGUAUCGUCAGCAGGAAGCCAGGGUGAUGGAGUCCAUGCUUACGGAUAACCAAGAGGGCUGUGUCAUUGCAUGCGGACCGGGCUCCAUGGAGCGCAGUGGGCAGACGUUGCUGAGGGAGUACGCGAAGACCCAUCCUGUCAUCUACAUCCUCCGUGACCCGGAGAGCAUACAAUCUUAUCUGAAGGCGUGGAACACGGACAAGGUCCGUCGCUUCCUUGAGCUCUCAGGGCCAAUCUACCGCGCCUGUUCCAAUCUUGAAUUCUUCAAUGUCUCCGAAAAGGGCAUCACCGACCAUCCAGUCCCCAAAGACGGUCACGACUCGCAACUGGAAUCCGAGCUAGACCAACGAGUCCAAGCAAUUACUCCUUUCCUAACCCUCAAACAGUUACAGCGCGACUUUCUCUGUUUCAUCGCGUUCGCCACGGGCGAUACGACGGACCUCAGCCGCCAUAAUUCAUCUUUCCCGCUGUCGAUGCAGCCAGUGGAGUCCCGCACCUUUACCUACGCCGUCACCGUACCGCUUUCCUCCAUGUUGGAACAAGACCUGGACAUCGAGGAGCUCGAGUCGACCGCCGAUGCUUUUGAGUUGAAGCUGGAUGUGGCAGAGCCACCUUCCUCUCACCUCGGCCUCGACUCGAGCUUUGCCGACAGAAUCAGUCAGGCCGUGGCAAACAUCCGACGGCACACAGUUGUUCCUCUAAUAUACCAUGUGGAGAGUACUGUAUCCCGUUACGGUCUCGGCGCAGAGCAAAAGGAUCCGUCGCGACGUGCCGAUACAGAGUAUCUCAAAUUGGUCCAACACGGUCUACGAUUAGCUCCGGAGUUUGUGACAGUGGACUUGUCUUACGAGGAUAAUGUACUAUCACAAAUCAUAGCCUCCAAAGGGGCAAGCAAGGUGAUCGGACAUUUCGCCGCUAUCCAGGCCCCAGCGCGAGGGUGGGAUGACACCCACUACAUGGAGCUCUACGAGCGAGCCAAACGGUUAGGGUGUGACAUGGUUCGGCUGACCCAGCCAGCGAUGACGAUCGACGACAACUUUGCCGUGCAACGCUUCCGCGACUAUAUCAAGUCGCUUCCUGCCCCGCAGCUGCCGCUGAUUGCAUACAAUUCGGGUCUCUUGGGCCGAUUGUCAUGCUGCUUCAAUCCGAUCCUGACGCCUAUAACCCACCCGUCGCUGGUUCCCGAGAUGCAGUCCAAAGGAUUGCCGUGUAUUACCUUGCGCGAGGCGCAGGAAGCGCUUUAUUCCUCUUUUACGUUGGAUCCCCUACAGUUCUUCGUCUUUGGUGCCAACAUCACCUACAGUUUGUCCCCCGCCAUGCAUAACGCGGCGUAUGCGCGAUGUGGGAUGCCACACCAGUAUAAAUUACACCAGUCGUCAUCUUUGCGCGGUCUGAAUGAAUUGGUGGAGAACCCGCACUUUGGCGGAACAAGUGUCAGCUUGCCCUUCAAAACCGAAGCCAUCCCCCUUCUACACUCCAUGUCCCCCCAUGCUCGAGCCAUUGGCGCCGUAAACACGCUCAUCCCAAUCCGGCGGCUGGAAGACAAAGCCCUCGACUCUAAUAAUUCCUCGUUGUACAUGGAGAAAAGCAGGGCUGGGCCGAUCAAGGCCUUGCACGGCGACAACACCGAUUGGAUUGGAAUCGGGAAUUGUUUCCGAAGGGGACUGUCCCCAGCGAAUGCCAUCCGGCCGUCCUCCACCGGGCUGGUGAUUGGCGCGGGUGGAAUGGCGCGCGCUGCCAUCUACUCCAUGAUCCACCUGGGGGUGCAGAAUAUCUUCAUCUUCAACCGGACGUUGGCCAGCGCCGAGAAGCUGGCCUACCAUUACAAUCGACAGAACCUGCCGUCUGGCCGCGUCGGAUCAGCGGCGCGACCUCAGGUGCACGUGAUCCGUUCUCUGCAAGAGAGCUGGCCGGCCAACUAUAAGCAGCCGACCGUCAUUUGCUCGUGUAUCCCCACCCACAGCAUCGGGGGGCAGCCGGCUCCCAACUUUGAGAUGCCCGUCCAGUGGCUGGAAAGCCCCACCGGUGGCGUCGUUGUGGAGCUGGCCUAUAAAACACUCAACACGCCGCUAAUGAAGCAAAUACGAGGUCUCUCCCAUCGUGGUUGGGUCGCUCUGGACGGCCUGGAUGUUCUUCCGGAGCAAGGGUUUGCCCAAUUUGAGUUGUUUACCGGCCGUCGUGCGCCGCGGCGGCUCAUGCGGAUGGUGGUCCUGAAGGAAUACGAGGGCGAGGAGGGCCAAUACGAUGACCGGGUCAUCCAAAGUCGGAUUGAAAACCUGGAAGGGCAGCCUACUUGA